UAACAAUGUGCUUUCCCAUGGGAUCUUAUCUUCAUCUAUUUCUCUAUGGAAGUUUGUUGGAGGUGGUGUCAGAGAAGAACGUAGUAGUAGUGACCUUUGGUGUCUGCUCACAUACUCUAUUCUCUGACACACCUAACAGUACAUUUGGAUGAUUCUCAAAUAUAAAAAGACAAGCCUUUUAAGUUAUGACACUUUUUAUUCUCUCUUUAUAUGAUGGAUUUACAAGUACUUGUAAGCCACCCAGUAUGUGUGCUGGGAAUUGGUAUCAUUUUAAAGUUUAGGUGAUAAGAAAGUUGCCUUGAAACAAAGGCCCCCACCACUCUGUACAACAAAACUGAGCUAGUGUACCCACACAGAUAUUGAUGGUGAUAUAAAUGGGAGUGGGAAGGAUCUUAUUCUUCCUAAUGAGAACAUCAGAAAUCUACUGUGGAAAAGUACAUAGUCUGUCAUAAAGAAAGAUGAAUCCUCUAAUAGAAGUGUGCAUAGUAUAUGAGAACAACAGGAAGGAAGGAAGGAAGGAAGGAAGGAAGGAAGGAAGGAAGGAAGGAAGGAAGGAAGGAAGGAAAAGCUGGUAUACAGAUGAAUAGUGAACAAACUGUCAUGACAAAGCAGUGAGAAGAAUGUAUGCGAGCUGUGGAUGCUGCUCAGUGCAGAGCUCUUUCCUAGCUCCUGCAUGCCUGAGAAAUCAUGGGCAUGAUGCAGGGGGAAAAUUAUAGCUUAGACCCAAAUAGGGUCUCUUGGUCACAUCGGUGGAAGCAUCUUAUCACCUUCCUAGGGUCAGAAGCUCAUGGUACACUCUUCAUAGUCUGUUGAUUAUGUCUUCUGAAGUUAAUGUUAAACUGUAAUCUAUGAAAUUCUCAUCACUAUGUGGAUUCUGCCAUUUUCAAUUAUCUGUCAAGAGUGAUAAAAUUUGAACUCCAGGUUAAAAAAAAAACUAUAUCCAUAGAUACAAAUGGAGAGAGAAUAAGCCCAAAGCAUAUAAUGUAAAAUUAGGGAACUGCUAUUUUAUUUGGUGGGUGUCAUAGGAGCCCUUCUUAUUGUGACAAAAUCCAAACAGAGACUAGGGUGAGGAGAGAAAAAAAAAGCAAGCCACAUGGAAGCAAACUCUGGGCAGAGAAGUUAAUAACUGCAAAGGUCUAGAUAUGUGCAGAGGCUUGAUAUGUAUGAAGACAUAUCAAGGAUAUGAAGACAUAUGAAGGAUAGCUAGGAAAGAAUAAGCAAAGGCAGAGUGGUAGAAAAUGUGAUCACACAUCCUUAAAACCAUGGUCAACACUGGAUUUCACACUGGAUUUCACACUGGAUUUCACACUGAUCAUGAUGGAAAACUACCCGGAGACUCUGAAGAGUGAGCACUGUAAUCACUUUGGGGUUUAGAAAGGAUCAUCCUGAGUACUCUGCAGACCAGUAACUACAGAAACAGGAAUGAGAAAAAAGAGCCCCCUGAGCUGCUUAGACAUGAGAGGAUGGUGCUAUGGAGCGAUGGCAAGAACUUCUGUUCUAAAGGUAAAGCUGGCAGGAGCUGCUGAUGGAUACAUUGAAAGAGGAGGUCAAGCCUGAGAAGCAGGUUCUUGCAAUGAGCCUUGGAGUGAAGAUAAAGAUACUACUUACUGAAAUGGAGAAUUCUAGGGGAAGAGUUUGAAAGACAGACUAUUAUUCAGUUUUAUAAGAUAGGGUAGGAUAGGAGCUGGGAUUAGAGAUGUGAAUUUGGGGAUCAACAGCCAAGAUAAUGAAUGAAUGAAGUUUCUGAGGGAGUGACUACUAUUAGAGAAGACGAUGGGAGUUGGGUCUCAGUGGGUAAAUGGAGGGCAGAAAGAUCAGAAGAAUCUAGCAAAUGGAAACCAAUGGUCAGACAGGGAAACAAGGUGAGCAUCAGAGUUUGCAUCUCAGAAGCCAAUGGAAAGACAUUUUUGUCAAGAAGAAAUGCUUAGUAGUGAUCAGUGUUACUACAGCCAUUUAAAUUGAGAAGUGAGAACAGAUGAUUAGCUUUGGCAGUUUGGAAGUCAAUAGUACCAAUGACAAAAGUGGUAUUGGUGGCAUGAUAGACAUAAAAAUGUCCAUUGGUCUAGGUUCUGCAGGGAAUGGGUGUGGAGACAGUAAGUAAAGAUAAGUUUCAAAGUUUUCUGUGCUAGGAAUGGAGGCAGGGGAUGCAGCGAGAGGAUCAUGUGGAAUUGAAGAAACCCCUUUUCAACAGUGUAACACAAUUGCAGGAAAAUGAAUAAACUUCCACAUACCUAUCACCUUGUAUGAACAAAUCCUCUUAUUCUCCAAAGCUUUUUAUUACACUCUUGUGUGUAUGUCCUUGUGUGCAUAAUUGUGUGCCAUGUCAAAGGACAACUUGUACAUGUCAGUUCUUUCUUUCCACCGUGUAGGUUCUGGGGAUCACACUUAGUCACCAGGCUUGGUGGCACUCACCUUUAUCAGCUGAACCACCCUUCUGCCAUUCUUGUUUUAUUUAGCUUCAUUUGUUACUCUUUGUUUAAGUAUUCAAAAACCAAUCAUAAAAUUUCACUUAUUUACCAAGUUCAGAGCCUCUAACAGAGGACUUAAAAAUAAUGUUGUGGUAUCCUUGGCAAACAGUGCAGUCAGAUCUAAUAAUAGAGACAUUCUAGAAAGUAGCAGGCUUAUGCUCUUCAAAACUAGCUUUGGACUCAAGGAUUUCAGUGAAACUAAAGAUGUAUCACAGAUAAAUGUCAUCUUUUUAUUUUUGCUCUAAAAAUAUUAUUAGGGCAGCUGAUGAAAUUUGUAACAAGGAUUGUCAAAUAUAUAAUGGUAUUGUUUUAAUAUAAAUUUCCCAAUUUUGAUUACUGUGCUGUAUAAUGUAGCUUUUUCAUAAGUCUAAAAGUAUGUCCUGACCCCCAAUCCUAUUUUAAAGGAACCUAAAAUAACUUCUUCAUGUGGUUAUGCUUUUAUUUUGUCAUAUAAUGAGGCUCAUUUAGUUUAAUUAGACUUGUACAGUUUGGGGUUUUAAUUACAGAAAACAUGUCUGUACUUCCAAACUCAAAAUUGCAAAACAAAUUAUAUUCAGAGGUCUAAUUUUUCUUUUCUUUGAUUAUGCUUCAAUAUUUCCCUCCUUCUUUGUAGGAUAUUAAAAGUAAGAAAUAACAUACAUAGAGACAUACAGACCUUUCCUGUAAUGUGCCUGUAGAUAUAGAGGAGGUUCCUUUCUAAGGGUUUCUCUUUAAUUAGAGAAACAAAAAGCAACUCCUAGCUGAGAGUGGGGAAGGAAAUGAGGUUGCUGGCAGUUUGAGAAGGUCAAAGGUGUGAAAAGCUAUUUCUGAGGGAGGAUUAACUAGGGCAAUGGCCCUUACAUUUUAACUCCAGAAUCACACAGACUCUUGGGUCUAGAUGAACUUCAGUUGCAAGCUUCUGAAUGAGAUAUAUAUAUAUGUGGGACUACACACACACACACACACACACACACACACACACAUAUAUAUAUAUAUGAAGAAUUUUUUAUUAGAGUUUUUUUCAUUUACAUUUCAAGUGCUACCCCCUUUCCUAGUUUUCUCUUUGAAAAUCCCCUAUACCCUCCCCCUCCCCCUGAUCCCACUUUGCUACUGGUCUGGAAGUCAUCCUUUGAGAAUUACGGGACUAAGGACAUUAGAAUUCACACUAAGGAUUUCUGGCAGUGCAGGGCCCCUUAAGGUUUUGGAUUGCCAAUCUGAAGAUAGGCUAUUCUGUAUGGCUGUGUGCUUGUAGCCAGCAGUCCUCAUCUUCACUGGGGAGGUUCAGAACUGGAAGAGGUGGCAAGCUGAACUUCACUAGGGUUGGGUUUCACAUAAUGAAGGAAUGGUGACAAAGUUCAGAAUGAUCAGGAACUAGAACAUAAUAUUCAAACCUUACAUCAGCGAGAAAAUGUGGCUACAAUAUGAGAACACUAAAAGCUGAAAAGCAAUUUUGAAAUGGGAUGUCAUAAGUGUAGGACAAUAGUACAAUACAAAACUAGUAUUUAUAUUGUAUUUCAGGAGAUAAAAAGCACAUUAUGACUCAUUUAGUCAUGAAAAUCCUGACAGAAUCUUAGAAAUAUUUGCAUAUUCAUGUUGGUUGCAGCAAUAUUGCAAUAUUCAUAAUUGCCCCAAAGCAGAGAAAAUUUACAUGCUUAUUGAAAGAUAAUAAAGAAAACGAAGUAUAGGCAAACAUUGGAAAUAUGCAGCCUUAAAAACAAAGGAAAUUAGGUUACACGUUAUAGGUGAACCUCAAUGAUAGUAGGCUAAGUAAAAUAAACAAGUCACAAAAAGGUUUUAUAAUGGAACUCAAUGUCACAGAAUCAUGGUUGCCAAUGUUAAGACUAGGGGCAGAGAAAAUUCGUGUAUAGAGGGUUUAGAGGUUUAAUUUUGCAUCAUAAAAAUGUUAUGGUGAUCUGCUGCCUGAUGGUAUAUGUACACUGAGCAGCACUGCAUGAUAGAGUCAAAACUGGCUAUGUGGUAAAUCUAGUGGUAUGUGUCGCUUACCACAGUAAGAAAAAAAAUACUGCUGGACAGAUACAGUAACCAUCUUCCUGCUCAGAGAUUCUCAGGGGGAAGUAAGAGUUAUAAAAUACUUUUAUUCUAACAAUGUAAAAUUAUGGUCUCACAUGUUAUGAUUCUUCAAAAAACUAAACUAAAAGUUCUGGGGACUAUGAAGUUCAGAAGAAUAUUUCCAGAAAUACUUACAAUGUUAGAUUUAGACAAAGCUGGAGGAUAACAAUCAUGUUCCAAACAACAACCAAAAGGGGAAAUGACACUCGAGUGCAGGGCCAGCAGUAACACAGAUGAAUUGAUGGUGGUUAAACAGUGGACUGUGACCAGAAUGGAAGCUGCAGAGCCUCAGCAUCUUUUCCUUGAAAUAGGAGAGAGCACUUCGGCUUACUUGGCUCCAAACGGGACCCAAGGGCUGUCACAGUGAAAAGAGAAAGAAAAGGGGAAAAACAACUGUACCACAUGUGGAUAUAAAAAAGAAGAGAACUCUAGCCAAUUGCACCACCACCACCGGAUGGAAGAGCCCAGCUGACACAACCUGGUCUAGGGAGUUUUGGGUUUACUCCUUUUACUUCAGGAAAGCUUCAACUCAGUUCCUGCAGCUUCUGAAGUAUGGCCUGAAUAGAUUCAGUCAUUAUUAUAAGUCCAUUGUCAAAUAGUAUGUGCUACUACAUACAUCUGGAAGUCAGAGAACAACUUGUGGGGACAGUUCUCUUCUUCUGUCUGGAGAUCAGUUUCAGGAAAAUCUGAAGACACAAAGAAGUACAAAGAGCAUGUCAUUUAGCUCUCCUCCUGAUAGUUACAGAAGACGUUGAGAAGUCACACUGUAACAAUGACUACUACUUCAGUUGACAGCUGGCUUUGCUCCUCUCAUGGAAUGCACUUUAUAACUAAUUAUAGUGACCAAGCCUCACAAAAUUUCUCAGGAGUGCCAAAUGUCACUAGCUGUCCAAUGGAUGAAAAAUUACUAUCUACUGUGUUAACAACCUUCUACUCUGUUAUAUUCCUCGUGGGACUGGUUGGAAACAUCAUUGCCCUCUAUGUAUUUCUGGGCAUUCACCGUAAAAGAAAUUCCAUUCAAAUUUAUCUACUUAAUGUGGCUGUUGCAGACCUUCUACUCAUCUUCUGCCUCCCUUUCCGCAUAAUGUAUCACAUCAACCAAAACAAGUGGACACUAGGUGUGAUUCUUUGUAAAGUUGUGGGGACACUAUUUUACAUGAACAUGUACAUUAGCAUUAUUUUGCUUGGGUUUAUCAGUUUGGAUCGCUAUAUAAAAAUCAAUCGGUCUAUACAACAAAGAAGGGCAAUAACCACCAAGCAAAGUAUUUAUGUUUGCUGUAUAGUAUGGACGGUUGCUCUUGCUGGAUUUCUAACUAUGAUCAUUUUGACACUGAAGAAGGGAGGUCAUAAUUCCACAAUGUGUUUCCAUUACAGAGACAGACAUAAUGCAAAGGGAGAAGCAAUUUUUAACUUUGUUCUUGUAGUAAUGUUCUGGCUUAUUUUCCUACUGAUAAUCCUCUCAUAUAUUAAGAUUGGCAAGAAUCUACUGAGGAUUUCUAAACGGAGGUCAAAAUUUCCAAACUCUGGCAAAUAUGCUACAACAGCCCGGAACUCCUUUAUUGUACUGAUCAUUUUUACUAUAUGCUUUGUGCCUUACCAUGCCUUUCGGUUCAUUUACAUUUCUUCACAGCUAAAUGUGUCCUCUUGUUAUUGGAAGGAAAUCAUUCACAAAACUAACGAGAUCAUGCUGGUUUUCUCCUCUUUCAACAGUUGCCUGGAUCCUGUCAUGUAUUUCCUGAUGUCCAGUAAUAUUCGCAAAAUCAUGUGUCAACUUCUUUUUAGAAGGUUUCAAAGUGAAGCAAGCAGAAGUGAAAGCACUUCAGAAUUUAAGCCAGGACAUUCCUUGCAUGAUCUGUCCGUGACAGUCAAAAUGCCCCAGUACAGCACUAAGGGUAAUUGAGGCAAAUGUACUAAAAUGAAUGAUAUAAAACAGUCUCUUCAUUUCUUGAGGUUGGUAAAAUUAUCGAACAAAGUCCUAAUAUGCCCAAAACUCAGAUCUUUAGAAGUGAUCUUUCACUUGCUUAAUUGCAAAGUAGUUCAAAGCAAAGAAAAGCUUACAUUAAUCCCUAGAUUUUAGAACUGUAUGUAGAAUUUUCACAGAAUACAUUGUUAAGCUAACACUUUUAACAACGGUUACAAUGUUAAGUGAAGUUCAUGGAUUUAACAACAAAACAGAUGAAAUGUCAUUGUUUUUUUUUUCCAAGUCACUAAAGAGUUACUAAAGUUAGGCACUUAAUACUAAUUUUAAAUAUGUCUAAAAAUAAAGUAAUCUGGGGACUGAGUUGAAAUGUCAGUGAACAUGAGUAUUACUUCAAAAUCUUACAUCACUUGAUGCUAUAUUCAUUUAUGUCUAAAUCUCUGCUAACAGAUGAAAAUAAUAAAAUUCUAAUAAAAGUGA